AGUACAGCAGCAUUAUGGGCAGGACUUCCUACUGCAUUAGCAUUACGGCCUCUUCUGAAGGACACCAGUCUCAUUCAGUUGUUACAGGGUCGUGUGUUAAAGGACCGUUAAUUCAUCCAUCAUGGGAGGACACGAUGCAGGAACUCAGCACCAGUUCACUGGCUUUGCCAAGUACUUCAAUUCAUACACAAUCACAGGAAGGAGGAAUUGUGUUCUGGCCACAUAUGCCAGCAUUGCAGCCAUCAUCCUUUUCUUCAAAUUAAAGCCCAAGAAACAGGCUGCUGUCACAGAAAAGAAGUAAUGUAAUGUUUCCUUUUGACCAUCAUUUCUAACAGCUCGGAGUGGAGAGAGCAGCUGGACAUGCUUGUGUUAAAAUAUGACUGUUUCGUUUUUCCAUGUUAACAAUAAAGAAAUUUAAGCCCA